GUCACUUCCCAGUUAAACGUGGCCGACUCGCAGCAAGGAGUGGCAUCUAAGCGAGCGUCGCGAGCUGUCAAGCUGUCGGCCCCGAAUAGCCCGAGAGAGAGAGCUAACGGAGACCUUAAUCAGCCGGUGCAGCUGAUCGCUUAAAUGACUCGUCGUGGCGGCCAUUGAGCGCGUUAUCGAGUAUCCGUUGGCACCGAGACCGCCGGUUUUAAGCCUGCCGAGAAUCCGUUCAGGCGCGACGAAAGAAAAACAUGUCGUCCUCGGGCGAUUUCGGUAACCCGUUGCGGAAGUUCAAGCUUGUCUUUCUGGGCGAGCAGAGCGUUGGAAAGACAUCUCUUAUUACACGGUUUAUGUAUGACAGCUUCGACAACACAUACCAGGCUACGAUAGGUAUAGAUUUCUUAAGCAAAACUAUGUAUCUUGAAGACAGAACUGUGAGACUACAGCUGUGGGAUACAGCGGGGCAAGAACGGUUCCGUUCUUUGAUACCUAGUUAUAUCAGAGAUUCUACUGUCGCAGUCGUUGUUUACGAUAUUACCAACGCCAACUCGUUUCACCAAACAUCCAAGUGGAUAGACGAUGUGCGGACUGAAAGAGGAAGUGAUGUGAUAAUUAUGCUAGUGGGCAAUAAAACUGAUUUGAGUGAUAAGAGGCAAGUUUCGACAGAAGAGGGCGAGCGAAAAGCGAAAGAACUAAAUGUGAUGUUCAUCGAAACUAGUGCUAAGGCUGGCUACAAUGUUAAACAGCUAUUUAGAAGAGUAGCGGCGGCUCUGCCGGGUAUGGACUCCACCGAAAACAAGCCUCCCGAAGACACUGUCGACUUGCAGAAUCAGUCGCCGAUGCAGAAUGGCUCCGAGUCAGAGGGCGAAAGCAGCUGCAUCUGCUAGGGCGAUUCAUCAUCUCAAUCUGAAGAAAGAGAGAGAGAGAGAGAGAGAGAAAGAGAGAGAAAGAGCAAAAAGAGAGAAAGAAAGCGGGAAAAUCACAGUCAAUCUCCCGUCACGAAUCACCAUACCAUUGCUGGCUUCUUCUGACGUCGUUAUGGGAACAGGGGCCUUCUUCGCCGAUCUCGGGCCCUAAGUAUCGUUUCAAGUGCUACUAGAUAAACUCAUGCGAUAUCUGAUACUAGCUACUUACGUUAUUUUCGGCUUUGUGCGAGAUAAUGGAAACCGUAUCCUUCAGGGUAUUUCGACGUUUAAGCUUGAAACGAUGAUAGCUGCUGAGUCCACGUAAAAUUCUCUGCUUUUUCAAUCUCUUUCGAGAGUU